AUGGACGACGCUGACGGCCUUGAUGAUCUACACAUACGACUGCCUUCAUCGCUCCGCACACCCUCUACGUUGAAAUACGCACCAGCGCACCGUACACAGCGGGCGCGACUGGCGCGCGCACUAAGCGGAAGGCUAGAUAGGGUGGGUGUUCUUGGAGGAGAUGACUGGGGACAUACUGGCUGCGUCAACGCGGUGAGCUGGGCACAGGAUGGAGAGCUGUUGAUUAGCAGCGGGGACGAUACCAAGAUUAGAGUCUGGCGAAUGGAUUCGUCAGGUUCUGCUCGUCCGGACGCACCUAGCUCUGGUUCAAUAAGUUUGACCUCCGAGGCUGAGAAAUCAUCGAACGCUGCAAGUUGGGAAGAGUACCCGUUCGCGUGCCAGUCAGUGAUCAGCACAGGUCACACGCAGAAUGUUUUCAAUGCGCAGAUGCUUCCGUUCUCUACGAGGAUCGCGACUGUCUCCGGAGACCGCCAAGUCCGCGUGUUCGACGUGGGUGAGGCAGUCGGGCAGUCCCUGACAGGCAGCGAAAUGCACUAUACCACGCGGGAGUCAUGUUUUCGCGUGCUGCGCUGUCACACUGGGCGCACGAAGCGCAUUAUCACGGAGGACAGUCCUGAUCUGUUCCUUACCGUAGCCGAGGCAGCUAUGAAUUUUACUUGGGAUGGCCAAGUGCGUCAACAUGAUCUGCGUACAUCACAUUCGUGCACGUCAGGCGCGUGUCCUGCACCGCUUGUGACGCUUCCGCACGAGCUCUCGACGAUCGCUCUCUCGCCGCUCACACCGUAUCAGUUUGUUGUGGGCGGUGAGUCGCCAUAUGCGCACUUGUUCGACCGCCGGCAUGCGGGGCGUUACUUGCGUGCAGAAUGGGGCGUACCACCUGAUGCAGAUAGUGCAACAACAUGCGUCAGGAGGUUUGGGCGCCGCUCGCGUGCAAAGGGAGAAAGAAAGGGGUAUGAGCAUGUCACAGGCGCGCGGAUGUCAGCUUGGAAUGGGCACGAGGUGCUAUUGUCGUAUAACUCGGACGGGGUGUUUCUUUAUUCGACACGAGACGAGCCUGAAAUUUUACAAGACAAGCGACCGCACUCGAUCCUCACGCCUAAUCCGAAGCGGAGACGGCUCGGCACGACGAAGUCGCCGUCUUCGCGUAGCGAGCCUUUGACUGGCCCGGAUGUGGAUAUGAUCGUCGAGGACCGACUGGAAUCAUUCCUGGCAGACGAUGCCUAUGCAAUGGACGAUGCUGAUGAUGAGUCGCAAGAUGAUGAAGAAGACGACGAGGAAGAUGAUGACGAAGACGAGGAAGACGCGGCCGAGGAUGAUCGCAUGUUCACCCCUGAAGAUGCGGACGCACACCAGGCUGUACCCGUGGUAUAUCCACGGAUGCGGUUUACUGGGCACUGCAAUGUCGAAACAGUCAAAGACGUAAAUUUCUUGGGGCCUCAUGACGAGUUCGUGACUUCAGGGUCAGAUGAUGGCAACUUCUUCGUCUGGCGGAAGUCAACUGGCGAACUUGUGGACAUCCUCGAAGGCGACCAGCAUGUGGUUAAUGUGAUCGAAAGCCACCCACACUUACCUCUUAUUGCUGUCAGCGGCAUCGACACGACGGUCAAGGUGCGCAUCCCGAACACAUUCUCUUAUGCACUAUUUCAUUUCUCGCAGUUGUUCGCUCCUGCUCGUGGAGUGCCGUCAUUCUCGAGGUGGAACGAGGCCGAAACGAUUAAGAAGAAUAAUGCGCGUGCAGCGCGGACGGGGUUGAGUGGCAGUGCGGAGCUGCAAUUCGCGCAUCUCAUCCUGAACUACGAACAAGCACUGCGGGGAAUCCGAGGUGAUGAAGAGGAUGAUUCAGAGGUGCAGCUGACGCAGUGUAUGAAUCAAUGAAGGAUUUCUAUCUGUUGUAUAGUAUACAGUACCUACGAGUAAUCUUUGUUUCGGACGCGGUACUAGCAUAUCACACGAUUGGGGUCAGAUCGUGGCUCGUCCAUUGAUA